CGAUGGGUCCAAUUGGAGAGAACACCAGGCGGUCCAAACAAAAAACUUCUGCUUUAUUUGCACGUUUCAACGAGUUGUAAAUCAACAAGGAACCCAGAGUUCUCGAGUCGUAGUUCCUGCCCCAGCAUCCAACUCCCUAAUAUGCGUCCAUGCCGCUUUUUAGUUUGCUGAAAUUCUUAUAGGUUUGAUAGGACUCGCUCUUCAGAAGGAUGCUCCUUCUCGAGACGCAUCAUACAGAUGCCCGACGACCGGCGUUGUGCCCGUCAACAGAGCCUUCAGCGCCAAAAUCAAGGCACCCUCAGCAAGAAAAAAAAAGUACCCCCCACUGAUGGUCAGACAGGCGGCAACGAGUCAAACAAUAAAAAACAAAACUGUCGCAACUUCCAGAACAGCAGAAGUGACGAAGUUGAGGGCGACCCGCCAAGACGCGGCCUCAAGCGAGCUAGUUGACGCGGUUAUCGCUUUACUAUUUUUCGCAGUACCGUGGCUCAUGGAUUCAACAGUUGCACUUUUCUAGUGAUCACCUUAACCGCCAGUUCCACCAAUGGACCCAGAGAGUCAAGAGCUCCGUGGCACAGUUGAGAUGCCUCUUGUGAGCACCUCCAAGACGUACCCACUGCUUUUUUGAAUCGAUCCUUUUACAUCAGAAAAAAGCGGUAACCCUGUUUUCUUGAGUUCAUAUUUAUUUUCAAAAUAGUCGUGAUGGAAAUGGGUCGACGCCUUCGGCGUUCGUCAGCCUGGACAAGGUGGUUUUGGACUUUUCGUUUUAACUGGGAACGUCGGAGAAAUACUUGGAGAAUGUUGUUUUAUUUCAAUCUUCUGGCUGGCUGUUGUGCUGCUGGAAUCGUCUUCACUUUUAUUCUGCACGUAUUAACCUCAGACGCCUCCUUCUUCAUCAACUACCGUUGUGGUGCCGUGGCAAAGAACCUUAUCAGGACUAAUUUUGUAGCGGUAAUGGUCACCGCGGGCAUAAUGGGACUGUCAGCAUUGUUGAUGAGCCGAGUCACUGGCCUGUUCAGUGCGCAUGCUUUAGGAGACUUUAAGCCAAUGGGUCACUGGACGGAUAGGGUCGGCUUUAUAGUCAAGUGGCUGCCCUGGUUUAUAUCGCUAUGCUUCUUUGUCUUGAUUGGCAUCAGUAUUGUCAACAUCGUGUGGAUCUUUGCCACUCCUACCGCAUGGUGCUCCAGACGUUGGUCCAAUCUCGGAUUGCAGGCUGUGAGGAACUGCAGGGCCUGGUAUGGGGGCACAGCUGCCUGUUUAACGAUUGCGGAGACCGAGCAACUAUCUGGCUCUUCACAGAACUGUAACGACGGCGACUUCCUGCAGUCUACCUUUUUUCUGUACUUUAUCCCACUUGAUGACCCUUCAGCCUGUUCCUUCUCAAUUCCGGAGAUUUGCCUUCUAUUCAAAAAUUCUUACAGCUCCUUGGCAAUCGAAUCAAAUCCAGACUGGGAGUCGACGGAGGCCUCCAGGUGCGAAGGCCUCGCAGCUAGAGGCGUUUCGGCGGAUGACUUCAUUGUCAAUUCUAGCAGCGACUUGUACCGCUAUCUCAUGAUUUACACUGGAAGUUGGUGUAUGACCAUCUGUGCACUUCUAGCUUUCUUUUUUUAUACCAAGUAUUCCUCCCAUUUUGAAAGCCACUUUUCACAGCCGUCAGAGCGAACGAACUUCGUUGUUCUCUCGAUACUCAGGCCACUGACUCCUUGGAAUGAGGGAAUUUAGCGUGACACUUGCGUCAAGAGAGAUUGCCUGAUACAUUCCGUUGAUGGAAGAACAGGAACUGAAGUAUACAACCAUCUGUUUUUGUACAUAGGCGUGUUGGAAUGGCUUCCUCACUGACGCAUAGACCGACCGGCGUUAUUGUGUUAUGCUCCGGCGCUCAGACGCGAUAGCAUUGCACUUACAUCGAUUUUUCGUUUGACUUUUGAUGUGUGCCACAGCAGCUGCUUCAUGUCGUCGAACGAUGCGGUCUGCCUCCACCAGUCGUCUUUUUGACAGUGCAUGAACCAUGGUCGAUGCGAUUUCCGGAAGAAGAGAAGCGUUAUGAAUGUUAAACUGGUUCAAUGCACUCUUAUCUGAAGGCGAUAAUGCCGCAGUGCUGAGGUUAACUUUCCGAGCGUCUUUUUCCAAGCAACUCUGUGAGGGAAGCUAUUUACCUACAUGUGGUUGGACAUGCAACAAUGUGG